AUGUUUGAAGUAACUUCUCUCUUCUACCACCACUACACCACCGCCCCGCCUCCGUUGAAAAUUUCCCAAACUACCCUCGCUGCCACCCAGAAUUCCAUCAAAGUCUACGUAUUAGACCUGCCCAGAUCCUUAAACUACGACCUUUUAAGAAAAUACUGGGCCUUAAGCGAUGAUACGAGGGUCGGAAGUGAAGUGGAUAAUGAAAUCCGAAUGACCCUUUUGCACAGAUAUCCUGGUAAAUUACUGCCAUAUCCUGAGAACCCUAUAAUAAAACAGUACAGUGCGGAGUACUGGAUCUUGGGGGAUUUGUUGACACCGGAGGAGGUAAAGAAAGAGUCUUUUGCUAAAAGGGUGUUUCAUUAUCGUGAGGCGGAUGUGAUUUUUGUGCCAUUUUUCGCGACUUUGAGUGCUGAAUUGCAGCUGGUGAGCAAUAAGGGUGUGUUCAGGAAGAAGGUGGAAGAGAAUGAGGAUUAUCAGAGGCAGCGAAUGGUGGUCGAUUUGGUGAAAAAGUCCGAGGCUUGGCAAAGAUCGGGAGGGCGGGAUCAUGUCUUUGUUCUUACAGAUCCUGUUGCAAUGUGGCAUGUCAAAGAUCAGAUAGCCCCGUCGGUUCUGCUUGUAGUGGAUUUUGGUGGAUGGUACAGGCUUGACUCUAAAGCAUCCAAUGAUAGCUCAACAGAGAUGAUACGUCACACCCAAGUUUCACUGCUAAAAGAUGUUAUUGUGCCAUAUACGCAUUUGCUUCCUAGGUUGCACAUAUCAGAAAACCAGAAACGCCACACCCUGCUUUAUUUCAAAGGAGCUAAACAUAGGCAUCGGGGUGGACUUGUUCGAGAAAAAUUAUGGGAUUUAUUGAUCAACAAACCUGGAGUUAUAAUGGAAGAAGGCUUCCCCAAUGCUACUGGAAGGGAGCAAUCGAUAAAGGGAAUGAGGACAUCGGAGUUCUGUUUGCACCCUGCAGGGGACACACCCACAUCGUGUAGGCUUUUUGAUGCCAUCCAAAGUCUUUGUAUACCAGUCAUUGUUAGUGACGACAUAGAACUUCCGUUUGAAGGAAUGGUGGAUUAUUCAGAAUUUUCUGUCUUCGUGGCAGUUAGUGAUGCAUUGAGGCCAAAUUGGCUUUUGAGUCAUCUUAGAAGCUAUUCUGAAGAACAGAAGGAUGGAUUCCGGAAAAAUAUGGCUCAGGUUCAACCCAUCUUUGUGUAUGAUAAUGGUUACACAGGUGGCAUUGGCCCAAUUCCUCCAGAUGGUGCCGUGAAUCAUAUUUGGAGAAAGAUACACCAAAAAUUGCCCGUGAUCAAGGGAACUAUUAUCCGCGAGAGGAGAAAACCUCCAGGUGCUUCGGUUCCCCUUCGUUGUCAUUGUACUUGAAUCUGUUUAGGAGAUCAUUCUUAUAUAUAUGUGUGUUAUCCUCCCUCAAGAUGAGUUCUUUCAA